AUGGAAACGAAGUCAAUUAUUUAUAAUAUAUCAAAUGACUUGAAAAUCAAUAUAAUACUGUACUGGUGUUUUUUUUCUAGUCGUGGUCCAACUCGUAAAACUGUUCGUCGUCGUCUUGGUGUUGAAUACCAUGAAUAUCGUCAACAACUUCGAACAACACUUGCUCGUGUUGAAGCAAUUGCUAUUACGGUUGAUAUAUGGACCAAAAAUAAAACAUCUUUCAUCUGUUUAACUGGUCAUGCUUUCAAUAGAAUAUAUGAAUCAAUUCCAAUUGUAUUAGGGUUUCGUCAAUUUAAUGGAUCCCAUCGAUCGAAAAAAAUCAAAAAAUAUAUUCUUUAUGAAUUAAAGCAAUUAGAAAUUGAAAAUAAAAUAUGUGCUAUUGUUAGUGAUAAUGGUAGGGAUAUUAAAAAAGCAACUAAUGAUAUCAAACCCGGUC